GCGCGUGGAAAAGCGCGAGCCCUUUUGUUGAGUGGAUGUUUCUCUGAGUGCUGCUGUUCGGUUAUGGGGCUCGUGUUUGUGUUUAUGGCUUUGUUUGGUACAUUUGCGCGCGCCGCCGGGUCGGACCCUCUCCCCUUUCCCGUCCCCACACCGGAUCCGGUAACGGGCGGAGAGUACGAGGAGCUCGAGGCUCCGUAUUUACACCUGCCGGUGUUCCUGCACUACAGAGCGCCGCGGGUGGAUAAGCGCCACUUCUCACCGGCGCACGCGAAGAGCCGCGAGACGCUGCCCGAGCGCGUGCGCCGCCUCCUCCUGCCGGAGCCCCGGCGACGCCCGAAGAUGCGUGCGAGGCCAAACGGCCCGGUGAGUGUCGCGUGCAGCGCCAGGGAGAUGCGCGUGCGCGUUCACACGGCGAGCCUGGGGGCCGGCGGCGGCGGCCGCGUGCACGUGAGGCUGGGCUCGUGCGACGUCAGCAGGAGGAGCGAGCAAAGUGUCUUCUUCCAGUUCGAGCUGCACGAGUGCGGAACUCUGAGACGCAUCAUAAAUAAUACGGUGGUUUACUCCAACAUGCUGUACUACACCUCUGCUGUGGGUGUGUCGGGUUCUGAGAUGUUCUCUGUACCUGUGCAGUGUCACUUUAACAGGUUCUACUACUCGUAUAAGAUCGGCUUUGUGCCGGCUGUUGAGAGGUUAAAGUACUUCAAACCCAUGAAGACGAAAGGCACCGUCACUCUGACGGCCUGCGAUGCACAGUGGAACAGACUCUCUCCCACUGAAGGCUUCAUCAUCGGGCAGCUGAUGUACUUCGAAGCUGAAACUCUCUACGUGCCAGACAGCGAACGCUUAUUCGUCCAUUUCUGUCACGUGACUACGAACAGCUCACGUGACUCCUUGCCGCGGAUCAACAUUAUCAAUAACCACGGCUGUUUGAUGGACAGCAGGAGGAGCAGCCAGUCCAGGUUCAUAAACAGCAGCAAGAGGAACGUGGUCAGGUUCACCAUCGAUGCCUUCGUCCUGCAGGGAAAAGUGCAGAAGUAUUUGUUUAUUCACUGUGAGAUGUCCAUCAGAAGCUCUGUUCCAACAGAGACGUCAAAGCUGUGCAGCUAUGACCAGCAGGAGCAGAGGUGGGAGGAGCUUCACGGUGUAGACUCUGUGUGUUUGUGCUGUGACUCAUACUGCAUUCCUAAGAUGACAACACUGAUCCAACCUUUGACGAAUGAAUUUGGGACUUUAGUGGAGCAACACCCAGAGGGAAAGAGCAAAAACCCAACACAGAGCAUCACGGAAAUCUUCACCUCGAAGCCUGAACACAAGCUUUUUCCGUCUGAGAGAGAUUACGGAACAACCAGUCCGGAGAGGACGCUCCCGUCGGAGCAUGGGCAUGGAACUGUCACACCACCCAGAGAACACCUGCUGGAGAGCGAGAACGAACUACUGAUGCCAGAUAGCGAGAGAGGAGUACUGACACAGGAGAGUGAUCAUGGAAAGAUCACACUAGAGGAUACACCUACACCAGAGGUUGAGCAGGGAUUACUCACACCAGAGAGUACACACACAACCCUCACGCCAAAUAGUGAGCACAAAAUACUGAUACCCGAUGACGAGCAUGGAGAGAUCACAUGGGGAGGAACACCUACACUGGAGAGUGAGCACGAACCGCCGGCGCCAGACGGUGAGCACGAAAUGCCGCCGGCGCCAGACGGUGAGCACGAAAUGCCGCCGGCGCCAGACGGUGAGCACGAAAUGCCGCCGCCGCCAGACGGUGAGCACGAAAUGCCGCCGCCAGACGGUGAGCAUGGCCUACUGACACUAUAUAAAGAGCACAAAGAUCUACUGCUAAAAAGUGAGCAAAGACCAUUGAUUGUAGAUGGUGAGCAUGUAAUACUGACUCCAGAGGACAAGCAUGGAAAGACCACACCAGAGACUCCGCCCACACUGGUUGGUGUGUAUGAAACACUGCUGCCAGAGGCUGAACGUGGAUCACUGACGCCGGAUAGUGAGCACAGAAAAGCUGAAACAUUCGCUCCUCCUGCAGAGCAGAACCUAAUCGCACCGGUGUACAAACACGCAGAGCUGCAGGAACCUUACAGGAUAUUCGAGGAAGUGUUCGGACUCAGCUGAGGAGGAAAAACUCAAAACACCAUUCACUUGAUGGCAAUAAAAAAAAAUCUGAAAAAAAGCCUGUCCAAUACUGGUGUUUUUUAGUUCGUGUUUUAAAGUCUGAUUUUAUUCCAAUCAGGUCACAUGAUGAACCGAUAAAACAUCAGGUGUGUCUCCUAAAUAAUCCUAAUAAAUCCUGCAGCUGGAGGCUCCUGAGAUAGACCUUCAGAUUUAACAUUGGAUGGAAAUGGCAGAUUUACACUGCAGUGUUUGUCUCGCUCUCAGUCAUGGACUGUGUGAAUUGUAGGAACAUUGGGGAACAUCAUAUUUUUUAUUCUCAUUAGGGGGUCACCACUGAGGAGCAUCUGACUCCAACAAGCAGAACAUAUACUAAAUAAGAGGACUAGAUAAGAACAUUUGCAGCAGAGAAAAAAUCCUAAACUGCCAUUUGCUUAGGGUUUAUUUUAUCACCACAACAUUGUUUUAACAUGCGACUAAUCACGCAUUUCUGUUUUUAUUAAAAAGACACAUAACAGACACACAAAUAAAACAACCUGAAUCUCAGAGAAUAUUUUCCUCAGACAUAAGUUAUUAGAAAACUCGAAAUGGCUUCUUUUUAAUAAACCAGUUCACAUCGAAUAAAAAAAUUCUCUGAUUCUG